AUGGAUACUGUGAGGGAGUGGCUCACAUGGAGCUUCAGCCCAUCGCUCGGAGCAAUUGUCUUCACGCUGCUGCUGUCGCUGUCGCUGCCCAUCAUCUUCCACCUGUUCCUGUACCGUCAGCGCGCCGCUGUCGUUGUACCAUCUUUUGUCCUGCUCGGCCCCAGUGGCGCUGGCAAGACGACGCUUCUCACUCUGUUCGAGCGCGGCACACCCACUGCUACCCACACUUCGCAAGCUCCUCAGACCGUCACCUGCAAUCUUCCAGCUGGCGUUACCGCCGAAUCGCACAAAUACCGCGCUUCUGAUGACCCCUCGACCAAGAAGGAGCGUCAGAUCGAUGUGACCGACACACCUGGCCAUGGCAAACUUCGCCAGCACGCCUACGAUGCCAUUACUUCGGCUACCUCUCUCAAGGGUCUGAUCUUCGUCGUCGAUGCGGCCGCCAUCUCCAGCCCCCAAGGACUUGCCGAAGCAGCUACCUAUCUUCACGACAUUCUACUUGCAUUGCAAAAGCGACACACUGGAGCAAAGACCAGCAAAGGCCCUGCAGGAAUCCCCGUCUUGAUUGCAGCAAACAAGCUGGAUCUAUUUACUGCACUUCCUGCUCAGCUGGUCAAGAAGCGCUUGGAAGAGGAAAUCACAAAGAUCAGAUCGACCAGGGCAAAGGGACUGCUUGACAGUGCAGUAGACAUUGAGGGAGACGAUGAGGACAGGGAAUGGCUAGGUGAAGGCGGUGAGGGCAACUUUAACUUUGGGCAGAUGAAAGAGGCCGAGAUUGAAGUGAGCGUAAUUGGAGGCAACGCCAGCGCAAAGGGCGAGGAAAAGACACAGGUCGAGCAGUGGUGGGGUUGGAUCGCACAGCAAAUGUGA